AUGAACCUGGCGACUGACACAAUCCAGGGGAGCGAUAAUACCUUUGGCGAGUUUCCUCAGCAUCUGCAGGAAACAAUCGUACAGGGUCUCUCUGACGUUCUUGUUACCUCAGUGGUUUACCCUAAGUAUGAGACCCGAGGAGAGCUCGCCCACACGGCUGGCGCUUUCCUCGAAUGUGGCUUCGUAGCCAGCGACUGUUUGUUGCGGAUCCUUAACGAGAGGCGGGCGGAGGACACUCCGGAAGGACCUAUCUUCCCUUUUAUUCAGGGCAUACUCACCUUUGAUACGCCCUUCAACGGCCUGGCUCGAUCCAUGUUCGUCUACGGUGCUUUCUCUAACUACCAAAAAGUCAGCAGCGUGUUCGACGUCAUGACGGCACUCUCUGCAGCCACCCCAGCGGCGCUGUCCAAGCUAGCUUUACGCCGCACCAUGGGGGCAGCAGCGAAUCGCGUCACCAAACGCAGCGCGGCCUCGUCUCCAUCGUCAGCAGCUUCAUCCAAGGCGGUAUGGAAGACCUGGCAGCUUAUCGCCUUGCGGACCGGAACCGUCGGUGCCAUUGCAGCAGGCGGCGUCAUUGCCUACAAUCACCGACAAAGGAUAGUGGAUGGUUUGCGCAGCGUUCGUUGCAACCUGCGCAAAACUGAGGCCAAGCCUGAAGAGAAGGAGAAACAGCUAGAGACGGGCGGCGAAAGUCUUAGCAAGGGUACCCAAACCCCUAGGAGUUUGCCCAUGUUUCCUUCUGAUUGGCCUCGUCUGAGCAUGAGCUGGUCCAAGACGCAGGAGAAUGUUACGGAUGCACUCGGCCAAGGCCUUGCCUACAUCAAUCGCAGCAGCGUCGGUGCAUCUUUGGCUUGGUUGUCGGACCACUUCACGUUUGUCGGCACCCUGUUGCGUCAGAAUGAGUUGGAUCGCCGUCUCAAGAGGCUGACGGCUCUCUUGCAGAGCGGUGGUGUCGGUGUGUGCGACGUAUAUGUGUCGCUUGGUGAGAACGGGUAUUGGAGCGGGGGCUACUUCGUUCCUGAGCGCACGUUCUGCGCAGUCCCAUCGAAAGGGGAUGGUGAGGAGGAAGAUGGGGUGGACACUAGCAGUCUGUUUGUCCGGCAGGUGAUUCACGGGGCUGAGGACGAGUUGGCGGCACACUUGGGGUUAUUCAAGAAGGAUAAAAACAAAGAGUACGAGAAGAUGACGAAGGAGGCGGCGAAGAGGGUCGUGGACUGGUUUAACGAUGAGAGGCCGAUCCAAGACGAUGUCAGGUUCGCGGAGCUGACACCGGCGGAGACAGAGGAGACGGAGGCGUUGGCAAAGGCGGUAGAUGCAGAGGGAGUGGAAGGGGCGGCAGCAUCACCCCACAUCCAGAAGCUUGAAGAGAAUGCCCAGAAAGAUUCUGAGAUGCAGGAUGUGGAAGACGAGGAAUUCGUCCCGGAUGAGUCGCCCAUCGAUAUCGCCGCGGCGGCAAGCCUUGUUCCCCUACCUAUAACCUCUGAAGGCAUUCUCAACUCGGGUCAAACUACGCCGCCGCCUAAGGAAAGCGGCAGCGACAUGGAUGAGUCGUCAGAGCCGGCCGCUGCGAAGGCAGAGUACAUGCGAUAUCUCUUGGACAUGGCGCAACAAACAGGGUUGAAUUUGCGGUUAUAUCUGCCAUCAAAGCUGCCCCGAGUUUCUUCUGUCGCGAUGCCCAAGGUGCAAAUUCCCAGCGCCAGCAUGCCGAGUAUGCCGAACGUGAGUUUGCCAUCACUGCCCGCGAAAUUGCCCAACUUGAACCCUUUUUUAUCAAGCACCAGCAAGCAGGCGAGUCCCGAUGAUGCUUCACCAGGGCAGCUAUCGCCAGAGCCAACAGAUGGACUGGCUGAGCAGGGGGCUAUGCCCCAGGCUGCUGUUGCAAUCGAUGCCGAUGAUACUGGUGAGAAGAAGGCUGAAAGAUGA